AUGAGGAGACAGGAACAGCCGCUGGACCGACCAGCAACAGGCUACCUGCCUGUGUCACUCUUUAACCAGAGGAAGAGAAACAGAAUUCCUCUGAAAUCUGUUCCUGGUGAAAAUGACUUCUUUUCCCCAAGUGAAUACAUGGCCAGUACCAGUUCAGCUGCUAGUGUAGGUCCCUCAGCUACGUAUGAAUGUUACCAGGCCUCAGAUUCUUCUCCUAGUGGUCCUCAAAGCCAUCAGUGGAACAGAAAAGGUGUCCCAGAGUCUGCUAAACCCCAGCAGUAUGGCAACAGACCUGCUCCUGGACCGUCUACAAUGAGAACCUAUGCACCCAUAGCACAUCCAUACAAAGCUGAGACUAAGAGCUCCAUGACGGCCCAGUCCAGCAAUCCAGCCGGACAAUGGGUUUCGAGCUCCGGUGUUAGUCCCAGACAUAGCCAAAUUCAACAUCCCUAUGGCAACAAGAACACCCAAAGCAAGCCAGCACAGCAUGCAGGGUUCUCUCAGACGGCCCAGCAGUCGUCCAACAAACAAACCUUCCCUGCACGUCAGUUUUCCCAUCAGUCCAGACCUCUUCCUCCUCCUGAAGCUCCUCCACCCAGCGCGCUGCUUGCCCCAGCUGCACAGCAACCUAACAAGUCCUGGAAGUUUACUAACAGCUUUGAGCAUCAAAAAUCAAACUUUAUUGCAAAAAAGAGUUCGAAUCAACCUCCAACAGCUAAACCAACCAAAAAUGAGAAGGAAAGUGUUCCAGCGAAGCAGCCUAUGGAAAACUCCCUGAGGAUCCUGACCACAGUUAUUAAUGGAAUGAGACACUGGAGCCAGUUUAAAGAUAAAAUUCCUUACUUAUUCGAGAUAUUUGCCACUCUGGACUCUGCAGUCACUCUGGGGCGCUACGGAGCCAAGAGCUUUCUACUGAGAGACGGGAAGGAUGUGCUGCAGUGUGUCUUCUAUGAAAAUGAGCAGCUGCUGCCGCGCCUCAUUCGAGGUCAGGUCCAUCGCUGCGUCGGCAACUACGACCGCAGCAGAGACGUCCUGAUAUGCGUGUCUGUUCGAGCCGGUCAGCCGUCAGAGCAGAGGAACGCUCUGGAAGCUGUCAAAGUGUCGGAUGCAGAAAUGAGAGCGCUGGUCAAGACACUCAGCGAAGUUUGAGCACAAAAUGGUACAAAAUACUGUUUGUCCAGCUUCUUGUGCAGAUAUCUUACUACACUUGAAAUAAGAUGAAACUAGCUUACAAGUAGCUUUUCAGCAAGACAUAGGAGCUUGUUUUAAGGCAAUUAUUUUUAAUAUUGAUUAAAAUAAGAGUAUUAGUUUGACUGGCAGAUUUUUUUCACUCCUAAGAUAUUUUUCUUCCAGUGGAACUAGUACCAUUUUACCAACAUUAAGGUAUUAUUAACGUAAAACAAGCUCCUUCAUAUUGCUGAAAAGUUACUUGUAAGUCAGUUUAGUAGUUUUUAGACAAAAAUACGUAAGAGUAAGAUUAAUUAAGACUGUGUGUUUUAGCAGUGCAGCGGCAUCGGUCAGCAUUUGAGAUUUAUAAGUACAUUUCUAUAUGCUUGGUUUGUUGAAAAAGAAAGGUAGCUUUAACAAAAAUAUUGUUAUUGUUUUUGUCAUUUUCCCUUCAAGGUUGCAGCUUCCAUACCUGUAUUGUGUUAACAUUUACAUGUUCUCCUUUCCUGUUUCUAUACUUUUCUGUGAACAAAUAUAACGGAAAGUAAAGCGUCUGUUUUUAGAAGUUAUGAAAUUCUUUUUAUUACAAAGAAAUGCCACAAAAACAACACACAAAUUAAUUCGGUUAAAACCUAAAACCAAUCAGUUAUCUGAAACUGAAAAAUGGGGCAGUUAGGAAUAAAGUGAUAUCAACAACAGUUAGUUUAUUUACAGUCAAAUUCCACAAUGAAAAAAAAAAAAUCAACAUACUUUCUCUACAAAACACUUUUUUUUUUCACCAGUGCUGAGACUUUACACAUAAUUGUCCAACAAAUAAGGGAAUAAGUCCAACGUCGUUACCCCAGUCAAGCACAGUAUGAGGUCCAGUACACUACUUACAUUUCUAGUUCCCAUUAGCUUUAAAAUAUGGCAACAAAGUCACAUUAAUCUUUCAAUUUAUGUCAGUACUGAAGCCCAAAUUGGGAGUUAUUUUAAGGUUUAGUCUGUUAGUAAAACUCUGAUCAAUAGCUGAAUAUGAAUCUUCUUAAACACUCGCUGAAAAUGGGGGUUGGGUUGGAAGAAAUUGGCAGUGAACGGGAAGUUAAUUGUGAAUAUUUUGUACCAGAACUUCAAAAGCGGAAACUGGAUCAUAUUUCACACAUCAUUUUGAUCGUGUGCCAGCUUAAAAAUAUAAAAUCCUCCUCUAGUCUUUUCACUGAAUUCGUAAAAAAAAAAAAAA